UAUUUACGAAAUAAGUUUUUUAAAAGGACCGAAUUAUGAAAAAUCCUGAAAGAACAAUGGAAGCCAGGAGGCCGAAAGGCCGGAGGAGUCCACCGGAUCUGGUGCACGGGUGGAUAAUCCUCGACCGCUUCGUCCACAGCAGCGACGGCGACGUCGACGCCGCCGACGUCGUGACGGCGUCGGAGAUCGCCCUCACCUGCAGCGGCCGCCGCGUCCGCGCCUCCCUCCGCGUCGCCGACCCGCCCGCCGUCUCCCGCCUCCGCAUCCACCGCCUCGACCAGCCAUGGCCGGACGCCUACAUCCUGCGCCACGCCCAGGUUGUCGCCGCCCACCGCGGCUCCAUCCUCUUCUGGGCCCGCGUCCCCUUCGCCGACGACGAGUUCGUCGUGCCCGGAUACUUCCCCGUCGACUACUUCGUCUACACCGCCGGCGCCAGCGGCGCCGCCUCCUCGUCGCUGACGCGGCUGCCGCCUUGCUUCAUCGGCGGCGCCGCCCCCGACGACGAGGACCACUACUUCAAGCCGUACCGCAAGCAGCACCAGCGGAUCAUGCUGGACGAGAACGUCGGAUUCCUCUCCGGCGACAGCGACGGCGAGUUCACGGUGGCGGACAUCACGAUCGUCGACUGCACUUCCCUCACCUAUGCAUCCUCAACCAAUCACCACGAACGCUCGCCGUCGCCGGUGCAAUGGAGGAUGCACCGUUUGGAGAUGCAAGCAGAUGCGCCGCAAGCUCUCCAAAUGGGUGAACGACGUCGUCCUCCCCUUGCACGACGGCCGCCACCUGUGUCUCGUCGACUACUACCGUGGCAUCCUGCUCGUCGACGCCGCGAAGGAGCUGCGACACUUCAGCGGCAGAAAGAAGAACAAGUCUGCAUCUCCUGCAACUUUCAUCAUCAAGUCAUGGACUCUGAUUGAUAUCCACAAAUGUAUAUGGCUGCACGAUUUCACCAUGGAAGCCGAUGAGUUCUGGAGUAUCUGCGCUCGAGAAAACGAGCGUCGUCUUCCACUCGUGACGCCGAGUUUCCCUGUGGUGAGCCUGGUUGAUCUACAUGCCAUCUCCUUCCUCCUCAAGGACGGUGACAAUGGUCUCUACUGGUUGGUUGAGGUUGACAUGAGAAACAAGGCCAUGAUUUCACCGGCCGCUCUCUACAUCAAUGAAGAAGAAGAGGAAGAUGCUGCGGUGACGACGAGAUCUGGAAGCCUUUUGAUGGCCAUUACUUCAUCCCCAGCUGGUUCACCUCUUAUUUGCACGAGGAUCCCAUCCAGAGUCGGCAGUUGAGUCAAAUGAUGCAGAAGACAAAAUAUGAGAGAACAAUGCAUAAGAUUGCACGUAAGCAACGCAGAGAAAUGUUGAGACAAGACAGCGAAAAUAAAAAAAAAUGGAUUGGAGGCAGUACCGAAUAGUGGGGGACAAGGCAAAAUGACGCAGGAGAGGAAACAAGAGAGGGCAACAUUGCCCAAGAGAUGAAUGGAGGCAGGGUUGACAAUUUUGAAAUUGGACUUUAUGCCGGGGGUUAGAAAUUUCGGUAAUUUCAGCCCGAAAUUAUUUGAAAUUUUAAUUGAUUUUGAAUGAAUUAGAAUAAAAUUUGACCAAAUUCACAAAAAUUGCAAAAAACCGAAAAUUUCGGGCGAGAUUUGAGCAUGCCGGUGGGGGCGAAAUUUCAGAAAUUUCGAACCAAAAUUUCAAACCCUGAAUGGAGGCCCAAUCAAUGAGGUCGUUUGCUGGAAUGAGGAGGUGAUCUUAAUGCCAUCUUGACGUCAAGCACAGUGAGAAUCUGUCUUGCACUUGUGAGUGCAUCUAAUUCGUCUUUUGUUAACUACGUGCAAGUUGGGGUGUCUUGCAAA